AUGUUCUCCAUUUUCCUCUCCAGAGUCACCUCCAGUGUGAGGGCAGGAACUGGUUUUAACGAUAAGCCGGACCUACAUCCAAGCUUUCAGAACACGGACUGGAUGGCAUCAAUACCGGAUGAGACCCCUAUCUCAGCUGUCCCCAUCCCAGGAACACACGAAAGCUUGACAUUUUCUAAGUUAAAGUUUGCUGGAAAUCAAGUUUGGACUUUGGAGCAACAACUCAGAGUGGGUAUAAGAUAUUUUGACAUCCAUGCUGGAAUGUGGUUGGCUUCAGAAAAUGAGAUUAGCAUCCGUGACGAUAAAUGGAUGAUUGAUCAGAAGAUCAAUUUACAAACAGUCAUAGAGCAGAUACGUAGUUUUUUACGAAGCCACAAAAAGGAGGCUGUGGUUCUGAAGUUGACGUUGCAUGGACGUCAACAAGACAAAGUUGCAGCUUUGAUUAAAAAAUUAUUUGGAAAGUUUGAAAACGUUUUGUGGAGGGAAAAAGGGAUACCAACCAUGGAAAAAGUGAGGGGCAAGAUUGUGCUUUUAGACAGUGGUAAGUUACACUUCGGAAUCCAAAACAAGGACUCAAAAUUCUUUCAAUCAAAUAAGUUAGUAAAUGUGGAAGGCAAAAUUGAAAGCAUGAAGCUCGACUUCUGUGAUCGUAACAUUGUGGUGACUGAAAACCCUACAACUCGUCCCCAAGAUACAAAAGAAGCGGCUAAAAAGAUUAACCAACACCUAAGUGAGUUUUUACAAAGACACAAAAUAAGCUCUUCCAACCAAGGCUGUUUGGGAAUCAUCAGCAUGGACUUCCCCAGUCCUGAGCUUAUUGAGAAAAUCAUUCACCUUAAACCAUGUGACUGUGGACAAAAAUCAGGGGCAGGAUCAAAAAGGCCACAUGACUCCAGUAGCCAGACAGAAGAAACAAAAUUACCAACAGAUAGUGGAUCUCCUACAACAUCCUCAAUGGUUACACUACAACCAGCAACUGAGGAACAACCAAAGCCUCAACCACAAACUUCAAUUACUCCAACAACUGCACAAGAACCAACAACCACAACACCACAAUCAAAUGGUCAAACAAUGAAAAAAGAUGAAAAUGAAAAAUAUCCUCCAUCUCCACCUAAUGUUUUACCAGGGAAACCCAAAUUACUAACAGAAACAAGACUUGACAAUACAGACUGGAUGACAUCCGUACCUGAUGAGACUCCCCUUUCAACCAUCACCGUUGUUGGAAUACGCCUACUAUUUGGAAAAAAACAAGUUUGGACCAUGAAACAGAAACUCAAAGACGGAAUUCGUUAUUUUGAUAUUAACGUUGGUGUGUGGCGAGCUACAGAAAAAGAGUAUCACAUCCGUUCUACCAAAUGGAUGGUGGAGGAAGUUCUUCUCCCCAUAUCUAUUUUCCUAAGAAUCCACAGUCAUGAAACGGUUCUUUUGAGACUUACCAUACAUGGACGUACCAAAACCAUAGUUGACGAUUUUACAAACACGUCAACAGAAAAGUUCAAAGACAUCAUGUGGACAAAGCGGUCAGUCCCAACCAUGAAGGAAGCAAGGGGUAAGAUAGUUUUCUUGAAGACAAAAAGCUUCCACUUUGGAGCGGAAAACCACAAAUCAAAAAUUUUAGAUUUGAACAUGUUGACAAACUUUGAAAAGAACAUUGAACUACAAAAGUCACACAUUUGUGGUGAUCAACUUGUAGUCACUGAGAGCCUUGCAUCAGAUCAGUACAGUCUGGAACAAAUAACUAAGUUUGUGCAGAAAUAUAUCAGUGGUUUCUCUGGCUUUGGCUGUUUUGGAAUCAUCAGCAUGGACGAUCCCAGUCCUGUGCUUAUUGAGAAAAUAAUUCACCUUAAACCAUGUAACUGUGGACAAAAAUUGGAAAUAGGAUCAAAAAAGCCACAUGAGUUCAGUAGCCAGACGGAAGAAACAAAAGUAGAAACCAAUGGUGGAGCUCCAUCAGAAACAGUACUUGACAAUACAGACUGGAUGACAUCUGUACCUGAUGAGACUCCCCUUUCAACCAUCACCGUUGUUGGAAUACGCCUACUAUUUGGAAAAAAACAAGUUUGGACCAUGAAACAGAAACUCAAAGACGGAAUUCGUUAUUUUGAUAUUAACGUUGGUGUGUGGCGAGCUACAGAAAAAGAGUAUCACAUCCGUUCUACCAAAUGGAUGGUGGAGGAAGUUCUUCUCCCCAUAUCUAUUUUCCUAAAUACCCACAGUCAUGAAACGGUUUUUUUGAGACUUACCAUACAUGGACGUACCAAAACCAUAGUUGACGAUUUUACAAACACGUCAACAGAAAAGUUCAAAGACAUCAUGUGGACAAAGCAGUCAGUCCCAACCAUGAAGGAAGCAAGGGGUAAGAUAGUUUUCUUGAAGACAAAAAGCUUCCACUUUGGAGCGGAAAACCACAAAUCAAAAAUUUUAGAUUUGAACAUGUUGACAAACUUUGAAAAGAACAUUGAACUACAAAAGUCACACAUUUGUGGUGGUCAACUUGUAGUCACUGAGAGCCUUGCAUCAGAUCAGUACAGUCUGGAACAAUUAACCAAGUUUGUGCAAAAAUAUAUCAGUGGCUACUCUGACUUUGGCUGUUUGGGAAUCAUCAGCAUGGACGAUCCCAGUCCUGAGCUCAUUGAGAAAAUAAUUCACCUUAAACCAUGUAACUGUGGACAAAAAUUGGAAAUAGGAUCAAAAAGGCCACAUGACUCCAGUAGCCAGACAGAAGAAACAAAAUUACCAACAGAUAGUGGAUCUCCUACAACAUUCUCAAUGGUUACACUACAACCAGCAACUGAGGAACAACCAAAGCCUCAACCACAAACUUCAAUUACUCCAACAACUGCACAAGAACCAACAACCACCACAACACCACAAUCAAAUGGUCAAACGAUGAAAAAAGAUGAAAAUGAAAAAUAUCCUCCAUCUCCACCUAAUGUUUUACCAGGGAAACCCAAAUUACAAACAGAAACAGGACUUGACAAUACAGACUGGAUGACAUCCAUACCAGAUGAGACUGCCCUUUCAACCAUCACCAUUGUUGGAGUACGCCUACUAUUUGGAAAAAAACAAGUUUGGACCAUGAAACAGAAACUCAAAGACGGAAUUCGUUAUUUUGAUAUUAACGUUGGUGUGUGGCGAGCUACAGAAAAAGAGUUUCAUAUCCGUUCUACCAAAUGGAUGGUGGAGGAAGUUCUUUUCCCCAUAUCUAUUUUCCUAAGAACCCACAGUCAUGAAACGGUUCUUUUGAGACUUACCAUACAUGGACGUACCAAAACCAUAGUUGACGAUUUUACAAACACGUCAACAGAAAAGUUCAAAGACAUCAUGUGGACAAAGCGGUCAGUCCCAACCAUGAAGGAAGCAAGGGGUAAGAUAGUUUUCUUGAAGACAAAAAGCUUCCACUUUGGAGCGGAAAACCACAAAUCAAUAAUUUUAGAUUCAAACAUGUUGACAAACUUUGAAAAGAACAUUGAACUACAAAAGUCAGAAAUUUGUGGUGGUCAACUUGUAGUCACUGAGAGCCUUGCAUCAGAUCAGGAAAGUCUGGAACAAAUAACUAAGUUUGUGCAGAAAUAUAUCAGCGGUUCCUCUGGCUUUGGCUGUCUGGGAAUCAUCAGCAUGGACGACCUUCAAAGUGAACUCAUUAAUAGCAUUGUACAUCUCAGACCAUGUGACUGUAAUCAGACAGGGGGACAAUUACAUUCAAACCACUCAACCAAUACAGCAAAAAUUAAACCACUAUCUUUACCAAGUCUAUUGGACCCACACCUCAUUUAUCUUCCGAUGGUUUCUUCCAUGAGCCAUCCCAUUCCAGAGCCCCAGUUGGUAUUUCGUAAAUGUCGUAGAGGGUAACAAAACCCAUAAAGGGGGGUCACAAAAUGAUGCAAUACUGUAAAUUUUGGCUGAUAACACCAAUAAACUUUAAAUGGUUAUGC